AUUCAUUCAUUGACGCGUUGCCGCUCAUACUCACUUGGUCACGUCUCCCAUAUAAAAACAACCAUUCCUUCUUUUCGAAGCUCAUUUUCCCGACCUGCAGAGGCGACUUGGCCACAGAUUAUCAUGGCACAACGAGAGGAUGACUCGGAAGAUGUGUCCUAUAAGCGAGCAGUCCAUCAGAGCGCUCUGAGUCGGCCUUCACGUCUGAGUAGUCAUGAGAAAUCCGGAAUAGCCUCAACCUUCACUGCUGUGAUAUGCGAUCCAACAAAGACCACAAGGCUAAACGCCCACGAGCCGAUAAGGCUCCUCUUCGCAAGCAUGAGCGGUUUUGGCUUGCAGACGGAAAUGCUAUAAUUGAACUUGACGGUAUAAACUUCAGGGUGCACCAAUCAUGGCUCACAAAGCAUUCAAAACGGAUUGCAGCCAUACUUCCCGACCAAGGAACGCAAGGCAGCAGACUCGAAGAGAUUACACUUGAUUUUUGUGGCGUGCUCAAAGCAAUAGAUUUUGAGGCACUGCUUUCAUUGUAUGAAAACCCUGGCGACUACCGCGAUUACAUUGAGACCCCAACACUGAUGUCUCUUAUCCGCGCAGCGGCGAUACUCGGUUUUGACAACGAUCGUACAUGGCUCGUGAGGGAGUUGGAAGCGCUUUGGCCGUCUAACCUUGGAGAGCUAUUUGUCAACCCAGAACCACGCCUCGAUGCUCCAGAGGUGGCUUGCCUUGCACGGACGUGUGACAUUGAUUCGCUGUUGAAGCCCGCGUUCUACGAUAUGGCAAGGGCACCUGGAUUCGGUCUGGACAGGCUGGAUGAAUCAGAGCAGAUCGGCCGUGCGGAUGUACUACGCCUUGUUCGGAUGAGAGAGUAUCUGAGCGGAAUGUGGGCUCAGGUAGCUGCACAUGAGGAUCCUACCUUUGUUUGCCAAAACCUCCAGGCUGCACCAUCUAGCAACGACGAAAGGCCCUCAGGUUUAUCUGCAAAUACCAACGGGAAGCCUGUACUUUGCCCUACCACCUCUGCUAUGGAUAGUCACUGCCUCUCGGCGACGGCACGUCGCGAGGCGUGGGUUCGGCUUGUUCACUACUCACAAAUUUUUGCCCAGUAUCGGUACGACCCACUGCGCGGACUGGCAGCGUUGAUAAACAUUUCGUGGACCAACGAAUGGUGCAGGGAUUGCGUGGAGAAAAGGAAGGCUGAUUGGCAUAAAAUGCAGAGGAGAAUCUGGGAGAUGGUUGGUGAGUAUUUGAGAGAAGAAUGACGAGUGGAUGCUACAGUAAGUUACCUCCCAUGAUUCGAAAUUUCGCGCAACCAAGAAACAUUUCUCGCUAAUGGUCUUGCUAGAGUUAUGGUGAAGUUCACCGGCUUUGUACUGGAAUUCGUGUCAGAAUAGAAAUAAUUUGGAUUGGUGUAAAGGCGUGCCAGAACUAAGUAUUUGUCGUACAAGAAGUUAGCUUCCAUUCCGUUACUUCAUUAGGUUCUCUGCUGUUAUUCAUAUAGCCUUUCUUUCCCCACCAUUUCAAACUGCUUGGUACAGUGCUGUCGACAGCAUUCACACUUUGGAACAUUUACUUUACCUGUGCUCUUUCAGCAUCUGGCCGUCAGGGUU